UCAGUCACUGUAUCUGACUCUUCUCUGUCUCUGUCAUGCAGCUGCCGGCAGGGAGGACGGGGCUCGGCUCGGCACCAGGUCUGGGGAGGGCACAUUGCCUGUCUCUAGUCUCUCUCCUUCUGAUCCACUGUCUCAUCAACAUAGCAGCAGCUUUGAAGUCACCGCAGAUUCUGCUCCCAGCAAAUGACACAGUCAUCAGCAAGGAAGGUGACAGUCUGAGAAUAGAGUGCAGAGCGCAGACGCGGUGGCCGAGGCUACACAACGUCUACUGGCUGGUCAAUAACAUGUUUGUGGAGGACGUAUAUCCUGAUGGACGAGUGACGGAGCAGAGCGGAGGGGCGCUCGCAGUAAACAGGACGGUGGAGCAGACUCUGGAGUUCACGACAGUGCAGAGCGAGGACUUCGAGAACACGUUCACCUGUGUGGUGCAGGAUCCGUCAGGAACAGACGUCAAACACUUUAACCUGAACCCAGAAAAUGAUGGUGGAAGAAUCAUUUACAGGUUAACGAUAAAGAAGGCUGAAAAAGAACCAGAUUCAGACAGACAAUGAGAGCGAUGGCGGUCAGCCACGGGGGCCAGGAAGGAAAGUGUGUUAGAGGGCCAGUGACUACAGAGCGCGCAUUCACAAGGAGUCAUGUGGUGUCCAGGAUCAAUGACCUGCAGGGGCAGGACAACCAAUCGCUGCUCCUCAUCAUCAUGGCGGCCGGACCAACGGACACAUCUGAUAGUGACACAAAAUACUGAGACGAAUAAACACGAGCCGUCGUCCAAUCA